CAAAGUAAAUCAUUUGUGAUAGUGCCGUCGAACGGGAAAAAUACCAACUCCGUUGCUGUUUAUAACUAUUCCAGUGUGCGUAACUAUCGUCUGUCUCGUGUAAAUAUAUUUUUAUAUCAACGUUUCACACUUUGAUAUUAUCGACCACAUUACCAUGAGCCAACAAAAGGUCAUUAUUACUUUACUUUUGAAUGUGUUUUUAACAUCAUUCGUCUGUGCUCAAUAUGGUAGUCCUGUUGGCAACAGCAAUCCUGGAUAUGGUGGUACAGGUUCAAGUGCUGUUCCGUCAGGAGAUUAUGGACACAAAGGCCAAAACCUCAACGGAGGAGGUAGUGGAUCAGAUGGAAAUUCAGAACCAGAGCCAUUCAAUUUUGCUUAUCAAGUAAAAGAUGCACCCACCAACACAGACUUCAAGCACGAAGCAAACAGUGAUGGCAAACGAGUGACUGGAGCAUACAGCGUACUUUUGCCGGACGGUCGUAAUCAAGUGGUAACGUACACAGCCGACGAAAACGGAUACAACGCUAAGGUCAACUAUGAAGGUGAAGCAAAACCACAACCAGCUCAACCCGGCAGCCAAGGAGGUUAUCCGUCCGCACCUGGUUUCCCUUCUGCUUCUCCUAGUUAUUCUUCUGCUGCCCCUGGUUAUCCGUCCGCAUCGGGUUUCCCUUCUGCUGCUCCAGGUUAUCCGUCGGCAUCGGGUUAUCCUUCUGCUGCUCCUAGUUAUCCUUCUGCUGCUCCUAGUUAUCCUUCUUCUGCCCCUGGUUAUCCUUCAGCUGCCCCUGGUUAUCCUUCUACUGCCCCUGGUUAUCCUUCAUCGGCACCGGGUUUCCCUUCAUCUGCCCCGAGCUACUCAACUGGUGUUAAGGGAUCUUACGCCGCACCUCAACCCAAAAACGGAGGAUAUUAAUCAAUAUGUAUCUCUGUGAUGUUUAUUUUACAUAUUUUAAGCGAUUUUAUCGCCCUUGUACUUAGUAUGUAUUCAAUUUUUUUUUUAUUUUUCAAAAACGGUCAAAAUAAACUAUAACGUGGUCAUCGGCCAAAUUAUAACAGAAUAUUUAUAGAUGUGUACCGUAUUUUGACUAAAAAGUUACUUAAUUUAAAUUAUUUUAUUAUUUCAUAACUAAUAAAAAAAUUGUUUUUUUAUAAAAUG